UUUUGCAUUCAUUCAUGCAGACGCAGGCAGCUGCAUCCAAUAAAAAGUGAUUUUUCACAUAUUUAUUAACCGAAAACCAACAAGCUGUAAUUGUGCGAUAGAACUAAAAUUAAGUUGUGAGUGAUACCGGACACUGAGACAUUCAAAGUGCAAGAAGUCGGUGCAUUGCAAGGCAAUGUUUGCUCGCUGCGAACGUCCUCCACCACCAAGGAUUGAGAAUUAUUAGAUCGUCCCACCUUCGGCUUCGACCGUGGAGUGUCGGAGCGCAAGAAUGCAAGCGGAUGCACUGGUUGCAUCCAAAAUGAGCGUGGCAGAAAGAUCCGGUUCGAUUCCGUCGGCAACCUACAGAAUGAAGCAAGAACGCAAGCUGGCCGUCUGUUACGUGUUUGUUUACAUUUUCUGCCUGCAGAUCAUUACGACAAACACCCGUACAUCCACCCUGUGGAAGCUCAACUCGGAACAGGGGAAAAUCGUCAGCGUUCCGGCUGGUGGUGCCGGCGGAGCUGGAAGGGAUGAGUCACUGUCUGGAUACAGUGUGGAAGAACUGGCCAUUCGGGGAGAAUCUUUGCAUCCGGAUGAACCCGACGAGGACGAGGAGUCCACGUUUACCAUCAUAACGGCGACGGCAGCCAACUAUCAUCACAACACCUGGAACCGGGGCGAGGGAACGACGGAGGAACUGCUGCGACGGUUGGCAGAAGAACCUACGGAGGCUUACCUUGCUGAUGCGAAAGCAUCGAUUAAGAAUGCGAAUGGGAGCAAUAGCAACAACAACAUCAACAGUGGAUCAACUGGUUCCUCGUCGCAAGCCUCGGCUAGCCAACGGUCGUCAGUGGAAUCGAAGGUUCCUCCGGAGGAUCUCCUAACCUGUGGUAAACCGGUCAAUUUUACCCACUACGAUGAUCUGGUCGGCGUGGCCCAAAGGUACGAACACAACCUCGCUCCGGAACCGGAAGUGGCGUAUCUGUUUCUCAAGCGGAAAGCCGGGGGUCAAUCGUUGGAGCAUUUCAACAUCGACGCCCUGGAGCGACGGUUGCGCCGGGCCAAGAAGGAGCAACCGCACACGAUCCAUCUGUGGAACCAAAUUGGGAACUUUUGGCGCAUCAAGGGAGACGCCGGCCAUGCGAUCGAGUGCUUUCGCCGGGCUCUAUCCAUUUCGCCGACCAAUGCGGACACGUUGCUCAACCUGGCGCGGGUACUGUUCAAUCUGCAGUACCUGGACGAUGCUAUCAGUUUGACCAAGCGGUCCCUGGAGGUGCACCCACCGGAUCGCAGUGCCUGGAGGCAGUACUUUACGCUGGGGGAGAUCUUCAAGGCGUACGGACAACUGUCGGACUCGAUACUGCACCUGAAGCAAGCGUUGGCGCUGCAUCCGCACUACGAACCGAUCCGACGGUUGAUUGCCGAAACGGAGAAGAUCGAGUUCGCGUCCAACACAACCCGGAUGCAGUUCUACACCGGGCUGAUCAUCGUGGUGCUGUCCCUUGUCGUGCUAAUGAUGGUGACGGUCAUGCUCAAGUCAAGGACGUCGAACCAUGGUCACUGUGCCAGUUCCAGCAGCAUCAGCAUUACCAACCUAACCAAUGGCACCCUUGGUGAAGGUGGCGGCGGCGGCGGCGAGGAGGACGAUAGUGAUAACAAUAAUAAUAAUAAUAAUAACCACAACAACGGUCGAUUGGGACCCAUCAUCAAUAGUUUCUCGUUGGCGAGCUUCAGACCAGCCAAACACUUCAACCGGGCUCAAGCGAUGCGUUCCUUGCGGAGUGUGGCCUUCCGCUCGUUUCGACCGUUCCGGUACCGUAAGUAGAUGCCUGAAUGUUCAAAUUACACACAAGAUGACAACAAACACACAAAGUUAGACAUUAGCAGAACAGAGAAAGGAAAAGAAAGAGCAAACAGCUACUAACUAAGCAUAAAACUAUUUAUUAUUUCCUUCCUACGAUUGAACGUAAUAUCUCCUAUCAUUAUUGCGGCGCGGAAUGCCGCCAAAGAAAGUUGGCAUUCCUGGCGUGUUAGUUUUAAAACAAACGAAAACAAGUCAACAUAAGAGAAACUCGGAAUACUCCUUUUAAUUACGACUAGAUUUUAAAACCCGGAAAUGGCGGCCAACACGAGCCACCGCAGCUUCGUUAGAAAUUUAGGCAGUGUGUUGAUUUUCGCUGUGGAGAGAACUGAGUCAGAUUUACUUACACUUACUUACAUUAAAAACAUGGUUUUACUUAACCUUUCGCCGAAGCUUAAUUUUCAACGUGAGAGUGAAUUACUUUGUAGGAUUUAGGUAACAGAGAAAAAAAACAUAUGCAUUGAUGUGUUCGUGCACUACUACCGUAGAAGUGGUUGUGCUGUGUUUAGGUUCGAAGGAGGAAAGUCGUUUGUUCGUUCGAUUUUUCUUCCCAACCGUGUUUGCGUAAAUUAUAUGUGAUAACAAGCUAUCUUUUUAAUAUUUUGGAGAAAAGCUACUACCUUAAACAGAAAAGUAAUAAUUUUAAUGAUUUGUUUUAUAAAUCGUUUCCUAUUGAUGUAGUUUUUUAGUUAGGAUUAGAAAAAGCACAAAUUCUGGAGGUGUUUUGAAUUUUCUCGAAUUUUAUUUUGUAGUGCGUCUUUAAGGUAAGAUAUCAGAAGUUUAGGUACAUUCUAGCAUUCGAAUUUUGAGUUACAUCCCAAAUUUUCAGGUUUUUUUUUGUGAGAGAUCAUAAUUUGCUGAAGCCAAUAAUGACACUUGUUCAGGAUUCCAUUGAGCGCUUUAUUGAAAAUUUUACAAACAUUGUCGAAUUUUCAAUAACUCGCUAAAUAUUAAACAGAAACUUUAAAACUGUGAAACCAUCGCCAUUGGCUUCAGAAAAUGAAAUUCCUUUAAGAAAACUAAAUAUGAUACCUAGUUUGAGAUGAGACAGUUCUAUUAGUGUGGAAAUUCCUUGAUAUGGUUGUAUCAAAUUGAUAGAACAGUACUGCGAGAGUAUCGAGUAUCGGAAUAUCAAGUUUUAAGUGUUUAACCAUUUGCAACAAUCUACAAAUAAAUAGUGCUCUUGCUACGGUUAAUCGACUAGUAAGUCAAACUGUUUUUAGUGUUUUUUUUUUGUUGAUAGAAGAUACUGAGAAGGAAAGCAUACAUGAUCAGCAGGACACGUGUGU